AACCAAUUGGAAUUCAUAAAGUGACCCAUUGUGUGAGUUUGUGGCAAAUACGUGAACUGUAGAAACGGAAUAUAUACAAAUUAAUAGACAAAAAUUGAACAAGAAAGCAAGUAUGAGGUUUUGCAGGUUAUUCCUCGGCAAUACUCAUUCAUCAGAGAAACACAACCAUGACCUUACUUGUCCCGAACAUCUGUUAUCUCUGUAAUCUCCACACGCACAGCGAUAAAGGGAGAGGAGCGAGAAAAGGAGACUAGCAUCCACUUCACAACAAUCACUUGACUCGCUCGCAACAAGAGUAACCGCCACUAACAUACCCGAUACCGAAACCCCUAAACAACAUCACCUACUAUGGGGUUUGUUGACUGCCUGGACAGACUCGGCUGAUGGCUACACACAAACAACAACAGCAGCAGCAACAGCGUGUGGAGGACCCGUUCCCUCAAUGCCCCGUCACCCAUCCAGCAGUUCGGUCCCUGCGGCCGAAUCAUGCGAAACUCAGCCAUGGUUAUGACCAUUCAGGACCCGGCCAGCCAGCGCCUCACGUGGUACAAGCCGCCCCUCUCCGUGCUGGUCAUCAAGAAAGUUCGCGACGCUCAGGUCAUCCAGCCCUUCAUCCAGCUGGUCCGAUGGCUGACCCUCGAGAAGCGCAUGGUGGUGUUCGUGGAGGCGUCCGUGAUGGAGGACACGCACGUUACCAGCCACGCGGGCUUUCCGGUGCUCAAGGACAAGCUCAUGAACUUUAGGGAAGGACAGGAUGACCUCACGGACAAGAUCGACUUCAUCAUCUGUCUUGGCGGGGAUGGAACGCUGCUCUACGCUUCCUCCCUCUUCCAGCAAAGUGUCCCGCCUGUCAUGGCCUUCCACCUCGGGUCUCUCGGCUUCCUCACGCCCUUCAAGUUCGACAAUUUCCAGGACCAGGUCACCAAUGUACUUGAGGGACACGCGGCGCUCACCCUCCGCUCCCGCCUGCGUUGCAUCAUCAUCCGCAAGGACCAGGAGACGGGGAAGGGCAGCCGGCCGCCCACCAACCUCCUGGUGCUCAACGAGGUGGUGAUUGACCGCGGACCAUCACCAUACCUGUCCAACAUUGACCUCUACCUGGACGGCAAGCGGAUUACCUCAGUGCAGGGUGAUGGCCUCAUCGUCUCCACACCCACGGGCAGCACCGCCUACGCCGUCGCUGCGGGGGCCUCCAUGAUCCACCCGUCCGUCCCCGCCAUCAUGCUCACGCCCAUCUGCCCACACUCCCUCUCCUUUAGACCCAUUGUGGUGCCUGCUGGAGUGGAACUGAAGAUUGCAGUCUCUAAAAACAGCAGAAACACAGCCUGGGUAUCCUUUGAUGGGAGGAAAAGACAAGAACUUUUUUACGGGGAUAGCCUGCGCGUCACCACCUCCAUUUACCCCGUGCCGUCCAUCUGUGCCGAGGACCAGAUCGCUGAUUGGUUUGCCUCCCUGGACGAGUGCCUGCGCUGGAACGACAGGAAGCGACAGAAACACUUUGAUGACCCCGAAGACCUGCUGCCGCCUGACCUGCCCUCUGACCUUGCACACUCCUCCAGCUCAGACACUCUUGAUUCCCUCAGUGAAAGAAAUGAGGUCUGUGAUAACUAGGUUAACUGAGAAUGAGAUGAAGUGAGCCGUACUUUGCAUUCUCAGCGAGCUUGUAAUCAAGAUCCACAAGGUGCCAGCAGUGCUCAGAGGCAAGGAUGAGCAUUCCUUCAAGCUGGCCCCUUCCCUUGUGUGCACUUAGCCCCAUCACUACACACACACAUACACACACACACACAUAUCACAGUGAAUAAAGGGGCUUACCAGACCUCAACACAAGCACAGCCUCAACAGUGGUGGACCAGGGAGACCAAUGCUGCUUAGAGACAUGAUUUGAAAUGAUGGUCCAGUUAGUGAGUGUGUGUUCAUGCUACUAUACACACACAAACACACACACACCACUCGUCACCACGCACAACUAACUGUCCCCAGCCCUGACCACCACCUUGUGUGUCUCAAAUGUUUGUUUGUAGCUGCGUUUCUCACUCAGAGGUAGAUUAUUGUGCUGUGGUGUGUUGUGGGGUGAGGAGAUUAGCAGGUGGUUUGUGAUUGUGUUUGUCAGAGGAAUGAGGUUAAUUAUGCCUCUGGAAAAGUUAUACUUAGCUGAUGGUCCUUCACAACCUUAUUUCUGUGAUAUGAUGAUGAAGGGUGAGGCAGGAAAGUGUUGACAGGAUUGCCUCACUGAUGGAAGCAUGUCAUGCAAGGCAGCGAUGGUGUGGGUGCAGUAACUAAAGUGGGUAGAGCAGAAGCAGUAAUGGUGGUGGUAGAAUGGUUCAGGUGGAGGUAGUAGAACUUGUAGUGGUAGCAGUAGUUGCAAAAGUAGAUAGUGUUUGAAAAAAAAGCAGCAGCAGCAGUUGUUAGUACGGGCUGAGGCAUGUUUCAGCCAUCCUCAGGGGCAGCAGGAGGGCCGCCGCUGCCGUGCACUGCCCCUCAGGCCUCCUGCGCCAGCCUCGGGAAGGCUGCCUCGGAGGGUUAGAUCCUCAAUAAUUGUUUGUUUGUUGCCGGUUAUCAUAUCAUUGUAUACAUUUAUAUAUUUUUAAGAAUAUUUCAUAUAUACCUGCAUCGUGUAUAUAGAAUUUUUAGUCCACAUUUUGACUUGAUUACUUUAUUAUAUCCUCAGUUAUUUGAGGCCGAAUAUAUAUAUUCACUGAAGGAAACUUUUAAAGGGAGGAAGACUAUAUGAAAUGUGGCCACUUAAAUUGGUCAAAGCUAUUUGUGCUAAAAUAUAUGUUACUGGAUUGAACAAAAAAGACCAGUAUUAAAUUUUAUAUAUAUAUAUAUAUAUAUAUAUAUAUAUAUACAUAUAUAUAUAUAUAUAUAUAUAUAUAUAUAUAUAUAUAUAUAUAUAUAUAUAUAUAUAUAUAUAUAUAUAUAUAUGGAGUAUAGGACUUAAGAUGAGUGAUUCGUUAAAAAUUGGUUUUAAUGAAGGUUAUGAGAGCUCCAUGUGCAGUAAACUCUUGAUAAAGUGAACUAAUUUUUAACCAUCCCCUUCCACUAAAUUAAAAUACCCAUCACAUUGAAUUUCCGUAUUUUUUGGCAAAUUUAUUAGAAUAUUCCACAAAAUUUAAUGCUCAGUCCUGGCGGUGCUUUGUGUUGUUCACUUGUACUCACAGAUUUAGUGGACAGUCUCACCACAGUGAGUGUGAAAUAAUGCAAAAAAAGCCUUCUGCUAAAAUGAGAUGCCACUAAAUCAAAAGUUUUAUUGUAAUAAUCUUUAUUUGAGGAACUAGAAAAGUGAGUAAUUGUGUUGAUGAGUGAAUGUUGGCCGAGUGGCCUGGCAGGCCGGGGUGGGCCCAAAGGAGGCUCUCAUGCUGGCUUCCAGGAUGUGUGUGUGUGUGUGUGUGUGUGUGUGUGUGUGUGUGUGUGUGUGUGUGUGUGUGUGUGUGUGCUGGUGAGGCAAGCAAACAUGACAUGCAGCACAAGGGUUCUGGCCGGUGCUCUAUUGUCUUAGCAGCAGCAGACUCUUGGGAGCUGACGUGUGUUCUGUGCCGUUGUUGCCCCUCGUGCCGGGGUGAAGGUUAUGAUGCAGUGCUGGCGCGUGCGCUGCCACUCAGUGUUUCUAUGUUGCUGCUGUUGUAAUUUUCAGCCAGAGAAAAAGGUGUUCUGUGUUAACCUGGAAACACUGCUCAUGAUGAAAUAUUAAAGUGAAAAUGUUCUGGUCUAAAUUAAUUUCAGAUUAAUGCAGAAAAGCUGUCCAGACAAAUAUUAUUAGUACCUCAGUGGUGGUGUUGGUGUUAGUGGUGAUGCCUCACUGCCACCACCAUCACCACCACCACCACCUCUGCCUCAGCCCACCAUGGCAUCGCCUGGCUAUGUGGAGCAGGUGUCUGUCUUCUUGCCUCACUUCACAGCCUCGCGGCAGAAUACAACACAUAUACGUAUACCCUGUUCUUGGGACCAAAUCUCAGACUUAAGAUUUAUGCACAUUUCAGCCUUUCACCUGGUGUGCUUUUCCUCACGAUGCAGCAACAUAUCUCUGACUCAUCAGACCCGUAUACUCCACUUUACACUCAGUGUGUAUUUCUUCCCAAUGCAGCUCUGUAUUCAGAUUCAUACACAAACUUUUUCUUUUCACUCAGAGUGUAUAUUCUUGAUGCAGCACCAUGUCUCAAACUUAAGAUUUAUGAAUGUUUUAGCUCUGUUCUUUUUCACUUUCCGUGUGCACAUCUUUCCUUGGUGCGGCACCUCUUGUCUGAGCAUCCCGGGUGUGUGUGGCCGCCUCGGGGACCACAAACCUUCCACCACACAAACUCCGUUGACUUCCAGUUUUCGGUGAUAGCUGAGCAAGCUGUUGGCUGGCGCUCAGGUGUAGCACACAGAGCUAGCCCUAUUUUUAUACUGAAUAAAAUUUUUUACUGAAGAAACUCUUUAAAAAGGUAGUUAGCCUGUUACUUUGUCCUGUACUGUAUGAUUUUCUUACUUCUCCUUAUGAUAGUUUUGAGUAUUAUUGGUAUGUAGAUGUAGAAAUUAGCCUGGUAAUGAAGAUUUUAAAAUAAUUAGUUAUUUAUUUAUGUAUCAUUUACUAUAUAAAGAGAAAUUACUAAAAUAUAUAAAAUGCUGUUAUGUUUUUUUCCAAAAAUUUAUGAUUGAAUUUAUAAAACAAGCAAAUUUAUCCUAAAUGUACGGGGAUUUUAUGAACAUUUAAGAAAAACUAAAACAAGACAGCAGUGAAGAUUUUGGUAAAGCUGUAGAUUACUAAGAGAAGAGGUGACACAGAGGAGACAGCCGUGGGAGAGAGAAAACCAAGAACAGCAAGAAAAUGCAGAGAAAAAGGAAGAGAAACUUAUAUGUAUAUUUAUGUGAAUGUAAUUCAUUAGAUUUUUUUCUAUAAAGUUAACUGUAAUUUCCCCUGCACAUGACACCCGUUCAGCCAAUUAGUGGGUCAUCAUUGUUGUGUGUUGGCACCUGGCACUGAGUCUGGGGGGUUGGCACGGAGGACCAGGAUGAGGCUGAACAGGACCCUCGACAAGUACGAAGAUGUGACACAGACAAUGAUGGAAGACAGAGUAAAGAUGUGACACAGUGAUGGGAGGAAACAUGGGGAGACAACAGAGAUGUGAAGGAUGAAAUGGAAGGGAAGACUUGGGCAACAGGACAGAAGAAGAGUUGAUAAAAAGUAUAAGAAAGGUAAAGAGGAACAGACAGUAACAGAAGACAACUAGACAUUAAAGAGUGAUUAGCUAUUAAACAGACACAAAUAGAAAGGACACAUCAAACAGACAAUAAUGAUAACAUUUUAACAGCCUUUGAAUAACAUGAACGAAAGACAAUAACAGACUAGACAUUUGACGGAACUAUAGGAUGGAAAGAAAUGUAAAAGCAGACUGACUAGUUGACAAGAAAACUGCAAUACUCAAGAAUGACAGCUCGACACAAUUAAACGAGUGCCGGACAAACAAAAGGAGAGGGAACAAAAGAGGUGGACAGCUGUAAUGUAAGAUAAAGCAGAUGGCCGAAAACUCUGCUCAGACAUUCCACAUCCUAAGCUUGUGAAUGCUGAAUGAGAAUGGUUGUUUGUCUAUUUAAGCAAUAUAGUACAUAAGGCGAGGUCAGUGAGUCCGUGUGUAGCCAAGCUGAUGGGUCUGAGGUCACUUAUUUAUUAAAGAUGAAGUUAUUAUUAC